UAUUAUUAAUAUUAUUAUUUUUAAUGAAGCCAAUGCUCCAGCGGUAUCGCAUACGGCUCCUCCAGCAAUAACGACCCUUAAUUCCAACGCGAACAAGCAUACGAUGACAGCAGCAAUGAGAAGACGACGAAAAAAGAUGUGGACACUAUGUGGUGUGUUGCUACUGCUGUUAGUUUAUCUUGGUGGCUGGUAUCAGAGACUUGACGAGCAAUUUUUUGAGUUACACACCUGCCCAGCUUGUUACGGCCAGACACUGUGUUCCCAGUUAUUAAGAGAUGAAUACUCAUCACAUAGCAAGAUAGAAUUAACAGGUUUUACAAGCUGGAAAAUUAUUAACUUUUUUAAUGUUAAAAAUGUGUAUUAUGGGCAAAGUGGAGAAAAUUCAAUUGUAUUAAAGAAGUUGGCUCAUAAUUCUGAGCUAAAGGAAUUCGACCAAAAUCUGUGUAAAGCAAGCAAAGAAACUGAAAACUGUGAUGUAUCACAGGCUAUAAAAAAUAUUUUAAUCAAGACCAACCAUAAUUUUUCACAGAUAAUUAGUAGGUACCCACAGUUGUUUGAAAUAAGCGAAGGAGUGAGAUGCAAUCAUAACAGAAGCAUUCAAAAUUUAUAUGAUAACUACAUCAAAAUUGAUGCAGGACCUUAUCAUCAUCAUCAUUUUAUCACCAUGUUAGCAGUCAACAUGGAACCUCUCAUAUUAAAUGCUUACCAGCAGCAGCAGUGGUUCCCCUUCCUCCAUGGAAUGUGUGGUCGGGUCAUGGUGGAAAAUUAUGUUGGACCUACUCUCACGCAGCUUAGUCAAGUGCCUUGGAUUGUCCGUGCUGAUUAUGCUCAUCAGUUGCUGGAGUUGGCUCAAGACUUCUCAGAAGGAGAGUUUCGCCUUUACUUGACAGAUGUGUCAUUGGAUAAUUUUGCUGUUGACUCGAAAGGAAAAGUCAAAAUAAUUGAUGCUGAGAAUAUCGUGAUGGUGGAUCCCUCCAUUCCUGGCCUUGACCCCACAGAACAUGUUAAUGAUGGAUUCGGAUGCCGAGACUGUCUAAGUUUUUCAUAUGAAGAUCUUUGUGGUCAUACCUUUUCUGAUCAUAACUUCUUUGCAGUAUGCAAGGGUAUACUUUCAUCAAGUGCAUUUUCACAAGAUCUCCCUGAAGGUCUCUUGCACUCACCUCCCUCCUGGGUAUUCGAGGAGUAUCCAUUACUGUUAUCCUUGGUUGAAGACUGUGCAGGCCAUCCCUCUGGCACAAAUGCCUACACUCAUGCCCUACCCACGAGGAGAAAGGCAGCAGCUGCUCUUCACACGCAGUUAUUGACUGUACUGCAGAAAGGAGGAAAGCCCAGCUGAUGCUUCAACUCUGACAACUAGUACAUGUAUACUAGAGUUAUUUUCAUUAAUAUAAAUUUAUUUCUGAUUUUGAACAAAUGUUAUUUAUUUAUUCUAAUUAAUAUGUAAGAGAAAUCUUGCUUCAGAGGAGUGUUGAUAUAUACAUGUAUAUUUUUUUUUCAACAUGUCGGUCAUCUCCCACCGAGGCAGGAUGACCCAAAAAGAAAGAAAAUCCCCAAAAAAGAAAAUACUUUCAUCAUUCAACACUUUCACCUCACUCAUACAUAAUCACUGUCUUUGCAGAGGCACUCAGAUAUGGCAGUUCAGAAGUCCCUCGAAACUGCCAAUAUCCCAAACCCCUCCUUUAAAGUGCAUACAUUGUACUUCCCAUUUCCAGGACUCAAGUCCGGCUAACCGGUUUCCCUGAAUCCCUUCACAAAAUAUUACCCUGCUCACACUCCAACAGCUCGUCAGGUCCCAAAAACCAUUCGUCUCCAUUCACUCCUAUCUAACACACUCACGCACACUUGCUUGAAGUCCAAGCCCCUCGCCCACAAAGCCACCUUUACCUCCUCCCUCCAACCUUUUUGAGGACGACCCCUACCCCGCAUUCCUUCCCCUACAGAUUUAUAUGCUCUCUAAGUCGUUCUACUUUGAUCCAUUCUCUCUAAAUGACCAAACCACCUCAACAACCCCUCUUCAGCCCUCUGACUAAUACUUUUAGUAACUCCACACCUAAUUUCCACACUCCAAAUUCUCUGCAUAAUAUUUAGACCACAUAUUGCCCUUAGACAGGACAUCUCCACUGCCUUCAUCCACCUCCUUGCUGCAGCAUUUGCAACUCAAGCUUCACACCCACAUAAGAGUGUUGGCACCACUGUACUUUGCCUUCAUGGAUAACAUUUUUUUAUCUCCACAGAUACCUCAGUGCACCGCUCACCAUUUUUCCGUCAUCAAGUCUGUGGUUAACCUCAUCCUUCAAAAACCCAUCCACUGACAAGUCAACUCCCAAAUAUCUGAAAACAUUCACUUCUUCCAUACUCCCUCUCUCCAAUGUGAUAUACAGUUUUUCUUUAUCUAAAUUGUUUGAUACCCUCAUCACCUUUUAUCUAUGUUCACUUUCAACUUUCUACCUUUACACACCCUCCCAAACUCGUCCACUAACCUUUGCAGCUUUUCUUUUAAAAUCUUCCAUAAGCACAGUGUCAUCAGCAAAAAGUAACCACGUCAAUUCCCAUUUUGUAUUUGAUUCCCCAUAGUUGAAUCCCACCCCUCUCGCCUGCACCCUAGCAUAUACUUCUUUUACAAUUAAAUCUAUAAAUAUGUUAAACAACCAUAGUGACAUUACACAUCCCUGUCCAAGACCUACUUUUACUGGAUAGUAAUCUCUCUUUCCUGACCUGAGCCUAUCCUCAUAAAAACUCUUUACAGCAUUUAUUAAAUUACUACUAAUUCCAUACACUUGCAACAUCUGCCACAUUGCACCCCUAUCCACCCUAUCAUAUGCCUUUUCUGAAUCCAUAAAUGCAAUAAAAACUUCCCUACCUUGGUCUAAAUAUUGUUCACUUAUAUGCUUCAAUGUAAACACUUGGUCUCACAUCCCUUACCCAUUCUAAAGCCUCCUUGUUCAUCUGCAAUCCUGCUCUGUCUUUCCUCUAAUUCUUUCAGUAAUAACUCUUACCAUACACUUUACCAGGUUUACUCAGUAAACUUAUUCCCCUGUAAUUUUUACAUUCUCCUUUGUCCCCCUUCCUUUUGUAUAAAGGACAUACACACUCCACCAAUACCUAGGUACCUUCCCCUCUUUCAUACAUUUAUUGAACAAAAGUACCAACCACUCCAAAACUAUAUCCCCACUUGCUUUUAAUAUUUCUGUCACGAUCCCAUCAGUUCCAGCUGCUUUACCCCCUUUCAGUCUACCCAGUGCCAUCCAGCUUUUCACUCCUAAAAGAUAUUGGACCUUCCUGACCAAUGCACGAAAUUACUGCCUCUCUCUCUUCAUCGACAUUUAAGCUCCUCAAAAUAUUCCCACCAUCUUCCCAAUACCUCCAGGUCCCCAUCUACUCACUCCCCUAUUCUGUUUUUUAACUCAAAUCCAUUUGUUCCCUAGGCUUUUUUAACCUAUUUAUCUCACUCCAAAUUUUGUUCUUAUUUUCACCCACUCUAUCAUUUGCUCUCCUUUUGUACUCCCUUACUACUCUCUUCACUUCUCUUUUACUCUCCAUAUACUCCACCCUUCUUAUAUCACUUCUUUGUAAAAACUUAUUAGCAACCUUUUUCUCUUUUAUCUCACCCUUUACCUCAUCAUUCCACCAAUCACUCCUCAUAUGCUUUUUAAAAGUUGUAAAACGAACCACACCUUGCCAAAAAGCUUUCUCCAUUGCCAUUUUCUUUUUUUAACAUUGAAUAGAGACUUGGUGCAUUAUCUUGAAUCGUCAUCUGAAUUAAAGGAAUUCUUUUCUGGCUGCAGUCUUCAAUCCAUAACGUUAAAAGACGUUCCAAAUUAUCCACUUCAGAACUACGAACAUUAACAAUCAUUCUUGACAUACAGAUGCUGUAGCCAUUCCACGUCUUUUAUUUAUUUUUUUUUUCAACAAGUCGGCCAUCUCCCACCGAGGCAGGGUGACCCAAAAAAAGAAAGAAAAUCCCCAAAAAGAAAAUGCUUUCAUCAUCAUUCAACACUUUCACCACACUCACACAUUAUCACUGUUUUUGCAGAGGUGCUCAGAAUACAACAGUUUAGAAGCAUAUACGUAUAAAGAUACACAACAUAUCCCUCCAAACUGCCAAUAUCCCAAGCCCUCCUUUAAAGUGCAGGCAUUGUACUUCCCAUUUCCAGGACUCAAGUCCGACUAUAUGAAAUUAACCGGUUUCCCUGAAUCCUUUCACUAAAUAUUACCCUGCUCACACUCCAACAGAUCGUCAGGUCCCAAGUACCACUUGUCUCCAUUCACUCCUAUCUAACACGCUCAUGCACGCUUGCUGGAAGUCCAAGCCCCUCGCCCACAAAACCUCCUUUACCCCCUCUCUCCAACCCUUUCGAGGACGACCCCUACCUCGCCUUCCUUCCCCUAUAGAUUUAUAUGCUUUCCAUGUCAUUCUACUGUGUCAUUCUUUUAAUUUUAUCUUUAUUCCUAAUGUGCGCACAUACCGAUGCUUCAUUCAUUUUCUUGUCACCUGGUAUUUUAGCAUAUGAUGCAUCAUCUUCAUGUUUUAUAAAUUCUAGUUUUUCAUCUAAUGUUAACUAUUUACAUCUUCUAGUACACUCAGUAUCAUUUCAUUUCCUCUUUCCACUCAUAUUUGCAUAUAAAAGGGGUACCAGUACUUUAUAUAAUGAAGAAUUUUUUUAUAUACGUAUGUACUGUAUAAGACUUCACUACUCAGAGUCUGGAGUGAUACUGAUGUUUGCAUCAUACUAGCCUGGUACAUAGCAGCAGUCCAGUAUCGGUGUCUAAUACAGUUAAAUAAAAUUUAUAUUAUUAAAUUUAUGAACUGGAUUAUAUCAAAACCUGUGCUAUGCAAGGUAUUGCUGUAAUGUAUAUGUUUAAAAGUGUGUAAAAUUCACAUUACACUGUAGCAGUUUUUAUUUAUUAAGUGUUUUAUGAUCAUAACAUUUUAGAGUGUUAAGAAAUUGACUUGACCUAUUUACAUGUCUACACAAUAAAAUUAUUUAUGAAUUAUGAGUAACUGCAAUAUCUUGCAUAAAAUAUUGAAAAAUGUGCUACUGGUUAAUAAUAAGUUGAACAGUUUUGUGGAUAUUUGUAUGACAGUGUCCAUAAAAUGAAAGUUUGAAGACUUUAUCCUACUAUUAUAUUUAUGGUAAAGUUCUAAAGCCUUAGGGAUCAUAUGCUAUAGGAAUGAGAGGCAAUCAGGGUUGAUCCAAGGAAGGGAAGGACAGCUCCAAUUCAUUUAAUCAAGAGCCCUUUAAUCCCUGAGGUGACAUUAAACUACAGUAAAAAAAAAUGCAAUAUAAUAUGUACAGAACAUUCUUGACCUGUUAUUCAUUUUGUUUUUUAAUCAUUGUUUGAAACCAUGCAAACAAUGCUGAACUUGCCUUCCCAUCAGUUGGAUUGUUUGAUUGCUAUAGUUUUUUCCCUGUUGCUCUAAUAUGAUCAGUUCUUCACUCUAGUCAUUGACAUAGUUACUUAUUUUUGCAAUAGCUAUAUGCAAUGCCAGUUGAGAUUGUAGCUAUGUGUAAUAACAAGUGAGCCUCAAUAUGUCAACACACAAAUGGGAUUUGUAGUAUAUUUCAGUGGUGGAUUAACCCUUCCACUGUCCAGACUCUGAAAAUUAAUAUUGCUCCUAGUGUCCACUUGAAAAAAAAAAAAAAUCUUUUGAAAUGGUAGAGAAUCUUUUUCUCAAGGUAAUGACACCAAAAUUAUGAAAUGUGAUGAAAUUA